CAUCAGUCAACGUCUAAAAGAUCAUCCCAAUUUCGGGCCAUAAAUGUUGAUAUUAUUCACUUUUGGUGGCAUCAAUGGUGAAAAGCCACUGGGAGUAGCUAAUAAAUGUACAGUACAGUGACGGGGAUAUAUGAAUAUAUAAAAUUCCAGGCAAUUCAUUAAAAUAGUGUGAAGCUUAUUCCAUCUGCACAUGUCUCUCGAUCGACAAACAUUAUUGCUAACGAUUAAAACGAAACUUAGAUUAAACUUGUAACAUUCCGAUACAUUAAAGAAAAUUUCCCAGCAUUUUAACACGUGACUUAACAGUUGUCAUUUAUAAAUAUUAUUUUUUGUAAUAAGAACGUGGGCAGUUAUGUUAAUGUGUAAGUUACUAAUUACAUUUCGGUAAAAUUUACCACUCCAAAACCAAUGACAAUACUAUAAAACAAAAAUACAGUUUAACUCCAAUAGUUCUGCUAACAUUUUCGCGGUAACGUUGCACUUUGAAACAAUUCGGUAAUUUCCGUUGUCAAAUUGUCAUUUGACGGUCUUUCUUGGUGCGGGAAUUUUUACAUGAUGUCAAAGAAACCUUACUUCACCGAUGGAAUUCCCAGCAAAAUACAUUUGGUGCAAGCAUUAGUGAAUCCAAAGGAAUAUAAGGAUAGACGCCUCAGCCAUGGAGCUAUUCUACAUAUAGGAACUUUGGACAAGGACCAAUCCUUUGGUUCCACUUUGGAUAAUCGGCGUGAAACUAUUGGUUCUUCAAAAAUAGGUUCUUUUGUCUCAAGCAGCUCUAAUUAUAAUAGAAGACAUACAAUAGUGCCAACAAAAGCAUAUGAAAUUCGCCAUAAAAUUGCAACUGGAGCACUUUUCUCUCAGAACAGUUAUGAAUCUAGUAAGGAUAGAAUUGCCACACCUUCACGUCGCCGAGACACUGAUCUGUCUAAUUGUGAUAAACGGCAGUGCAAGAAUUGUGAUUCUUCUAAAGAAAACAGGAGACCCGUUGAAAUUUUAUACAACAGUUGUCAUUUGAAGAAUCCUACAUCUGUUUGUGAUUCUGAUUUUCCAAAUGAUAAACCUAUUUCUAAAUUGGAAGCCUCUCAUUGUUUGAGUGAUUCUUCAGGCAAAAUAUCUUGUAACAGGAAGCAGAGAGAAAGGUUGACAACAAAACAGCAGACUUGUGAAAAAUUAACACCAAAAUCUGAAAAAAAAGGUUCUAAUAUGCUUAAACCCUGUUGUCGUAGAAAUAUUUUCAAACCUGUUAACUGCAAUGAUGCAUCAUUUUCCUUGUUGGAUGAAGAUCAGCAAAAGACACGUUUCAAACAAAAAGAUUUAGAUAUGUUAUACAACAAUUACAUCCAAACCCUUUAUCUUGAUAAAAUGGUGCUGAAAGCAAUUCAGAAGAGAGAAGCUGAUGCGGCAGGGCAGAUUCAAGCUUUCCAUAACUUGAUUCAAUCUGAGUGUGAGAGAGGAUUAAAUUUAGAUAAGAAAAUGAAGGAAACACGUCAUCAUAAUUUGGUUAUGAAGUUUGGUAAACUUCAGAGAAGUGCAAUUUCCAAAGUAAAUGACUCCUUAUAUGAUAUGAAAUCAAAACAUCAUCAUUUGGCUGAAGUAUUGGAUAAGGCUUCUCAUCAGAUUGCUACAGAAGGAAUUUUUCAUCCAAAUGAUGAAUCCUACAUUGAUGAUUUGACAAAUAAUUUUGUAGAAACAGAAAAGCUUUUGGAGAAAAUAAAUGAUGUAACCGAAUCUAAGAUGCCAUCUUUGUCCUUGUACAAUUCCCAUUUGAAACAUUUAGUUGAAACAAUUUCCACAGAGAAAAUUGAAAUUGAGCAGAUAACUGAGUUGUUGGCAGCCAUUGAAUCUUUAACAAUACAACAAGCUUCACUGAGUUUCCAACAUUUAGAUGAAGAAAAAGAAGAAAUGAAUUCUAAACAGAUUUUAGAAUCUUAAAUAAUCAUUUGUAACUAUUUGAUUUAUAACAAAGGGUUUCAACAUGACAUAUCUUUUUUCUACCUCAAAUUCCUUUAAGCCAUUUUUUUUCAAUGUCUUAAAUAAAAUUGUAUAUAUUACUGUUUUUUUUUAAAAUAUGUAAUAUCUUAUCAUAUUUUUUCUUAACAUUUAAAUAAAGGAGAUGGAUUUUAUUUUGUUAAAGAUGAACCAAAUCUGUAUGGCAAAACAUUAAAUAAAAUCAGCAUUUUUGCAACAUCAUAUUGUAAUAUG